AUGAUCCCCCCCCCCUUCCCCCCAAGUAACCGCCAAGCAGAAUUAGAAUUCACUAUUCCAUAUAAGGAAGGAACGAUUCAAGAGAACACGUUCUCUAAACGAGUAAAAUUUUGGGUUCUCGAAACGGAACUCAGGAUUGAGACUCCUCAUCACAGCAUGCGCUCCAAUCGAAGUGGGAUGGCGACCACCAUAUUAGAAGUGCAUAUCCAACCUAACGACAUCAUCGUGAAAACGUGGAUGAACAAUGACCAGGUAGGUCUAGCACUUCACUAUAUCCCUAAAUUAUUUCUGGAGAAUCAGAGCGAAGCGCUCAAAUGUCUUUUAGGACUAUCACAUAAUCACAAGGGGAUCCAACUUGCUGAACAGCAACCAAAAUUCAUUUCGGAUAUGACCGCGCAACGCUGUCGAAGCCUAAAUCAACCUCACCGAGAACUAGCGCGCACAAUCCUUGUGAAAAAUGACCCGAUAGUGUUUUCUCAGGCCCCAGCGGGCACUGGGAAGACAUUUACGGUGGCAAUAUGUUUAUGUGAACUAAUGGCUCAAGAAGGAAUCGUGUUGCUGGCAGCGCCCAACAACUUAGCUAUACAAAGCAUAGCCCAAAAGGUGCUCAAGUUGGAACCAACUAUUCCGAUUGGCAAUCUACUAUUUCUACAAGCACCCCUUUCGGAGAAGAUAUAUAGCGGCUCUGUCGAGGACUUGUGGACUCGUUACCGAAUUUCGGAGACCUUACAUCACAUGCAAAUGAUAGGGGUAGCUGAAGCAUACACGGAAUUCGCUAUCGAAUACACAGGAAGGAGAUUAAAACACGAUGGGCAAUCGUACAAAGAGGGCGAAGCACGCCAAUUACUUUAUUCGAUCAUUGAUGAAGGAGGCUCAGUACGAGAAAGUACUUUUUCAAGUAUGGUUUCCAUGUUACCUAAUUUUGAAAAAAUCUUCAUUACAGGAGAUAAAUUCCAACUGUCGCCCUACACUAGAAACUUACCAAAGCAAAUCAUUCCGUAUGGACGCCGAUGGGCCAUUCAUCAAUUGACAAUGAAUGAUCAAAUCACGCAGAUUGCACUAAAGGAAAACUAUCAAAGUCACCCGCAAUUGGUGGAGGAUAUUUCCAAAGCUGCCUACAAGGGCCAACUAAUACCCAAGCUUAACCUCGAUCAGCGGGCUAUGUGGCGCAAUUUAGAAUUUCCCGUGAUGGGACAAGAGCAACGAUCAUUCACAAAAAGUUUGAUCAACCAAGACUACAACCAAGUGGCUCUCCAGAUCUGGAGAUAUAUCAUUACUAAAUUGCCAGCCGCAAUCAUUGCCAUUCUUUUUUAUUAUGAGGCAUCUGUAGCCUAUUUAAAAAAUUGUAAUCCCUUCCUUCCCGUUUAUACAGUGAACCAAUUUCAGGGUCAAGAAGCUGACAUGGUCAUACUCAUUACAAUCCGUACAGGAAUAGCAGAGAAUGUAUCACCCUUUUUGUUUGGUUUUCAAAGAACAACAGUGGCGUUAUCGCGAGCGCGAGAAAGCUUAUCCAUUAUUGCUGGCCACUAUCACCAAGGUCUAGCGAUAUCUGAUAUAAAGGCGAGCAUAGAAGGAUUUGUCGAGACAAGCACGAGGUUCUCUCUCUCGGCAAUAUUGGACUUCGGUUAUCUACGUCGGAAAAGACUUCACGUGCCAAAAGCUUCAGCUCCCAUUCUAUCUAAUUGUCUUUGGUUUUAUAAAUUACUUCCUUGCCGGUAUUCUGUCUUUUCAUUAUCUAUUGGAUCCUUUUGUGUGCAAAUCUUACUUUUUCUAUUUAAGUUGUGUUUCAUUUUGUUUCAAAUUUUUUGUCAACAAAAUUUAGAUUAUCGAUCGUUAGCCAAACGCAGCAAAGAUCUCACAUAUAAUAUAAAGUGUCGUGAAAUAUCGACCAGCGAGACUGAAGAGCUUGAGAAAAAAUUUUAA